AAGCGUGCCUGCAAACUUUCUCCACUCUAUUUCUAUUCCCCUCCGCUGUAUGCUUUAUUAGAAGUGGCUCUGGCAUCUCCUCUCCGCUGAUCAGAAAUGGAAGCAGCAGCAACAAACCCUAGAACCGCCAAACUUCCUCCCCGACAGAAUUCGAGGGCAGCGUUGCAGGACCUCUUCAACCUUUACCUUGGGAGGAGUUAUAGAAACAAAGGAGAUGACGAAGCUCCAAGAGAAACCCCGACUAAAUUGCAGAAGAGAAUAUCUGCUUUGAAUAGAGAGCUUCCACCUCGAAAUGAACAAUUUCUUUUUGACUUUGAACAGCUUCAGGCUCAAUUUCCUGAUCAGGAGCAUCUACGAUCUGUGACAGAAUCUGUGAUUAUUAAUUUGGUAGUGCAGUGUAGCAGCCAUGCACCACAAGCAGAGUUUCUGCUAUUCUCCUUGCGUGCUUUAUCUGAUAUUGGUUAUAUAAAUUGGGAUACAUUUAUUCCUUCCCUUCUCUCUUCUGUUUCCUCGGCAGAGAUAUCAGUUGGGCAAGGAAAUCAAGCAAUGACAGCUAACAAUUUGGCAGCACAUGGAAAUACGCCAUCUUCAGUUGCGAUUUCGACUUCCACUAGUUUUCAGUCCUUCAAUCCUUCCUCCCCACUGCCUUCACUUCAAGGAAUGGGUUCUCCUCCCCAAGGUUCUACUGACCUUGCAGCAAGUGUAACUCAGUCACCUAAACCUAAUGACACAGGUCAACAAAUUGGACCUAGGACAAAUGGAUCACUGAGGCGUACUGCCUUUAGCUGGCUACGCCAGCUGUCAUGCAAGAUAAUAUUAAUUGCACUUGAAUGCAAUCUAAAACCUCUUACUCAUGCUGAGAUUUUUCAACACAUGCUUAAUUGGUUGGCUAGUUGGGAUCAGAGACAGGAUGGUGUUGAGGAAUUUGAAGUGAGAUUACAUGAGUGGCUGCAUAGCUGCUUAGAUGUUGUCUGGGUUUUGGUUGAGGAAGACAGAUGCCGGAUACCAUUCUAUGAGUUACUUCGCAGUGGCUUACAGUUUAUGGAUAAUAUACCUGAUGAUGAGGCCCUGUUUACUAUGGUCCUUGAGAUACAUAGGAGACGCGAUAAGGUUGCAAUGCACAUGCAGAUGCUUGAUCAACACCUUCACUGCCCCACUUUUGCCAAUCUUCGGUUUCCUGCUCAGACGUAUCCAAGUCUUUCAGGGGAGCCAUUGGCAAACUUGCGUUCUGCACCUUUAACAUAUCCAAGUGGGCUAGGGGAGCCAUUGCAUGGAGAGGACCUUGCUGCAUGUAUACAAAGAGGAAGUCUAGACUGGGAAAGAGCCAUCCGUUGCCUGAAGCAUGCUCUUAAUACAACUCCUUCUCCAGAUUGGUGGCGGCGAGUGCUUGUUACUGCUCCUUGUUACAGGCAACAAGCUCAACAGCAAGUUUCAGUUCCUGGAAUUGUAUUUUCUUCAGAAAUGCUAUGUGAGGUGAUCAUUGAUAGGAUUAUGGAUCUUUUGAAGUCUUCCAACUCAGAUAAUCAAGCCUGGCAAGAGUGGCUUAUAUUUUCAGAUUUAUUUCACCUUGUUAUGAAAAGUGGGUAUAUCGAUUUCCUUGACUUUGUGGAAAAGCUUACAUCUCGAUUUGCAAAGGGUAAUCAGCAGAUUCGGAGUAAUCAUGUUACAUGGUUGCUUGUGCAAAUUAUCUCAACGGAGAUUGUCAUGAAUACUCUUAAUGCAGAUCCAAAGAAGGUGGACACCAUGCGAAAGAUUGUCUCUUUCCAUAAGGAAGACCGGAGUUCUGAUCAGAAUAAUGUUACUCCUCAAGGUAUCCUACUUGAUUUCAUCAGCAGCAGCCUAACUUCGCGUGUUUGGUCAUUGACCGCUUCUAUCAGAGAAUAUUUGAACCCUGAGCAGCUGCAGAAAGGGAAGCAAAUAGAUGAAUGGUGGAAACAAGUUAAAGGUGAACGUAUGCUGGAUUUUCUGAAUUUGGACGAAAGAUCAUUGGGAAUGUUUUGGGUUCUUUCGCAUACUGUGGGACGAACUGCCUGGGAAGCGAUCAUGGCUUAUUUGAACUCUGUGGGAGUCAGUGAGCUUUUGCAACAGGGAUCCAUGGGGCAGUCUGGUGAAAGAAUGAUGGUCAUGCGAGAAGCAUGUCCAUUGCCGAUGUCAUUAUUUUCUGGCUUGUCCAUUAACUCAAGUUUGAAAUUGGCAACUCAAAUUGAAGAAACCUUACUCUUUGGCCAGGUGAUACCAAGCAUUGCAGUGGUGGAGACAUAUGCUAGAUUGCUGCUGACUCUUCCUCACUCGUUAUUUCGACUUCACUUCAAUGUUUUAACACAAAGAGCGCAAACUAUAACCAACAAGCCUGGGGUGUACUUACUACUGCUGGAAAUACUAAAUUAUCGACUACUUCCACUAUAUAGGUAUCAUAAUAAGACUAAAACCCUGAUGUAUGAUGUUACAAAGAUAAUUUCUAUGACAAAAGCGAAACGUGGAGAACAUCGUCUUUUCAGGCUCGCUGAGAAUUUGUGCAUGAAUCUAAUUCUUUCCAUACGAGAUGUUUUUCUAGUGAAAAAGGAACUAAAGGGUCCCACUGAUUUUACUGAAACAUUGAAUCGGGUUGCAAUUAUCAGUCUUGCGAUUACAAUAAAGACGCGUGGAAUUGCGGAGAUUGAGCACUUGCUCUUUUUGCCACCAUUGUUAGAACAAAUAAUGGCCACUAGUCAGCAUACUUGGUCUGAGAAAACAUUGCGCCAUUUCCCACCUCUUGUUCGUGAUUGCUUAAUGGGAAGGAUGGAUAAACGGAGCCAGGCUAUCCAAGCUUGGCAGCAGGCGGAGACAACUGUCAUUAAUCAAUGUAGGCAGCUCCUAUCUCCUUCUGUUGAUCCAUCUUAUGUCGUGACCUACAUCAACCGCAGUUUUCCUCUGCAUCGUCAAUAUCUUUGUGCGGGAACUUGGAUGCUUAUGACCGGACACCCUGAAAGCAUUAAUAGUGCAAAUCUUGGACGUGUUCUGAGGGAACUGUCACCUGAAGAAGUGACCUCAAACAUUUACACAAUGGUGGAUGUUCUUCUUCACCACAUUCAGAUUGAACUGCAACAUGGUCAUGUCAUUCAGGAUCUCCUAAUCAACGCCAGUGUAAACCUCACUUUUUUUAUCUGGACAAAUGAACUACUUCCAUUGGAUAUUUUGCUCUUGGCUCUCACUGAUCGGGAUGAUGAUCCUCAUGCUUUGCGCCUUGUGGUGAGUUUGCUUCUUGACAGACAAGAUUUCCAGCAAAGAGUUAAAGUUUUUUGUAUGAAUCGUGGGCUUCCAGAGCAUUGGCAGAACUCUGGUCCUUUGAAGCGACUUGAGCUACAGAAAGCUCUUGGGAACCAUUUAUCCGGAAAGGAAAGGUAUCCGACGUUUUUUGAUGAUAUUGUGGCACGCAUGUUGCCAGUCAUCCCACUGAUCAUUUAUCGGCUUAUUGAAAAUGAUGCGACUGAUACUGCAGACAGAGUUCUUGCCACUUAUUCUGCAUUUCUUGCGUACCACCCACUGAGGUUCACAUUUGUGCGUGACAUUCUUGCGUAUUUCUAUGAUCAUAUUCCUAGCAAACUCAUUGUCCGAAUACUGAAUGUACUUGAUUAUCCAAAGAUUCCUUUUUCAGAAUCAUUCCCUCAACAUAUUGGUCCAUCGAAUUCUGGUAUAUGCCCACCACCCGAAUAUUUUGCAAGUCUGCUUUUGGGCCUUGUAAACAAUGUUAUACCACCUCUGAACAGCAAGACAAGAUCGGGAUCUACAGGAGAUAUGACUGGUAGCUCUUCACGCUCUGUGCCCAACAAAACCCAAACCACUCAGUCCAUGCCCAUGAGUCCUAUGGAUGGUCAGAAAGCCUUCUACCAGAUUCAAGAUCCAGGAACUCACACUCAACUAGUUCUUGAAACUGCAGUCAUUGAAAUCCUUUCACUCCCAGUAACUGCUUCUCAAAUUGUAUCAUCACUUGUCCAAAUAGUUGUGCACGUCCAGCCAACUUUGAUUCAAUCUACCACAGGAGUUCAAGGUGCUGGACAAAGCUCUGGUCUACCAACUUCUCCAUCAGGUGGUAGCACUGAUUCCUUGAACACAACCAGAUCAGCUGCAUCCUCAACUGGAAUCAGCACCUCCAAUUUUGUUUCUAGAAGUGGUUAUACAUGCCAACCACUAUCGUGUUUGAUGAUUCAAGCUUGCGGGCUGCUAUUAUCGCAACUUCCACCAGCUUUUCACGUGCAAUUAUAUGCGGAAGCAUCACGUAUAAUUAAAGACUGUUGGUGGCUUACAGAUACAUCAAAGUCAUCCAGGGAACUUGAUUCUGCAGUUGGCUAUGCCUUGUGUGAUCCGACGUGGGCUGCUCAAGAUAACACCUCAACUGCAGUUGGCAACACAGUUGCACUGCUGCAUUCAUUCUUUAGUAACCUCCCUCAAGAGUGGCUUGAAGGCACGCAUGCAAUUAUAAAACAUCUCAGGCCUGUAACUUCUGUUGCCAUGCUGAGAAUUGCAUUUCGUAUAAUGGGCCCACUGCUUCCUCGCUUCGCAUUUGCACGCCAACUCUUCAUGAAGACACUGGCCUUGCUAUUCAACGUGAUGGCAGAUGUCUUGGGGAGAAAUUCUCAGCUGUCAACUCCCACCGAAUUUGCAGAAAUAUCAGAUCUCAUAGAUUUCUUGCACCACGCCGUAAUUUCUGAAGGACAAGGGACUGUGCAGAGCAACACGAAGCCUAGACCUGAGACACUGACUCUGUGUGGCAAAGCGGUAGAAAUGUUAAGGCCAGAGUUGCAGCAUCUUCUUUGCCACUUGAAACCCGACCCAAACUCCUCAGUUUAUGCAGCAACGCAUCCUAAACUGGCGCAAAGUUCAAACCAAUAAUCAGUGGCCUUUGCCUUGAUCUGCGUUUGCCCGUUGAUAUAAUCAGUCAUAUCACUUCUACGUGAGCUCACCAUUUUGUCUUUGCAUAUGUGAAUAUAAUAUAUUUGCAUCGGGGUUUUGCAUAGCACAAAGAUGCAAGAUGUGAUAUGUCAGUUUAUCAAACCAGGUCUUGGCUUCUUUGUUUUACUUCUUCUUGGGCAAAGUGAUUGAUGUACGGGUCCAUGGAGCUUAUGUCAGUAUUUCCUUGAAGACAUGAGAUGUAAUUCUUGUUGGUUCAAUGAGAUGUUUUUUAGCUCGC